AUGUCUCUCUUUUACCUUGGAAAAUCACCAAUUGAAGAUAUUCCAACAUCGGGGCAUGUAAGGCAUAAUCAGGCAAAGUCAUCGCUUGAAAUACCAAAGCAACGAACAGCACUCAUAGAGAAGAAACAUAAAUCGGAAAAAGUACCUCAGAGAAAAUUAGCUUCAAAGAAUUGGAGGUUUUAUAAUAUGGAUGAAGAACAAAUAGAUCAAGAAGAAAGUUAUAUGGACACCUCCUUGGAUCAAUCUGGUUCGAUUUCUGCAAGAGAAAAGAAAGGUAUUUUGCAAUUAAAGAAUGAAAGAAUUUUGAAACAACAGGUUUUAUUUCAAGAAAUUGAACAUAACAUUAGAGAAAAAAGAGAAGAGGAUGAGACUUAUCAUCCUGUUUCACCUAUUGUGAAAGAUAGAUUUGCAAUAUCUGAAACAAUGUCAAAUGUUCUAGCAAAACAUAGAGAAAAAUUUGGACACAAACAGAAUGAAGUUGAGGAAAUACUUAGAGAGCGAGAUAUUAAAAUGUACAAUAAUAUAGGAAUUGAAAAGGGUCAAGAACAAUCAUUUGAGAGGAAAAUUUCUUUACCAAGAUUAAUGAGGAGGCAAGGCUCUGGAGGAAACCUGUCUGCAAUGGGUUCAGGAAAUAAAAGGCCUUCUCCAAUUGAUAAUGAGGAUGAAAAUGGAUCAAGAGGAUCUUCAGAUGAAGGUGGAGAUGAUUUAGUUCCAUCCUAUUGUUCGCUACACCCUUUGGAACAAGAGAUGAAAGAAACCAUUGAUUUUCCUGCUGAUUUAGUUGAGGAUGAAGAGCUGUAUGUUGAAGACAGUGAUUAUCUGGAUUAUAAGAGAAGAUUGGAUGAUGGUAGAGACUCAUCAGAUGAAGAAGAGGAAACGAAAAUAACGUCUAUUACGAGGACAAAUCAUGAACAGGAAUUCUUGGUUCAAAAAAGAAAGAAAGCCCAAAAUUUUGGACAGAGAUGGUUCUUACAUCCAUCUCAGUGGAGCAUAGAUAUGGAUAACAAGAAUAAGAUAAAGAGGGAGAAACAUGACCAUUCUGAAAAGGUGAUUAGGGAAAAACUCAAAAAUCUUUCUAGCUCUAAACUAUUCAAAAUGCAUCUUAUCAAAACCAAUAAUGCUGUACCAGAUUGGUUAGCAGACUGCAACAUUAAGAAUCAACAUCCACUGCUCAGUAUAGAUUACGACAAGUCGUCACAAUCGCUCAUUCCACCAAUCAUUAAAAGUAUGCACAAUGAUAAUUUAUUUUAA